AUGAAGCUUCUAAGGAACAAGAAGCAUCGAGGAUAUACUCAUACUCUAGAUGAAUAUUUGGAUCCUAUCAAUCAAGUACAGGGAGAUUACAGGGAGGGAUAUUAUAUUGGUGUUGAAGUACCCAAAGAUGAUUCUGACACAGAAAACCCAUUUUACGGGCCAAAUGUUUGGCCCUCGACAGGCAACUUGGACUUUGCUCUUUUGUCUAAUCACAUUAAUUUUUCUCAUCUUUCUAUAUAUGCAUUCAGUGAGGUGGCAAAAGCAAUUGCAAGACUCAUAGCCCUUGCACUUGACCUUGGGGCAACUUUUUUUGAUCAGCAAGAAAUGCUUGGCAAGCCUAUUUCCAUGUUUCGCCUACUACAUUGUGAAGGUCUAAUAUCUGGUCCCACAAAGGGAUUAUAUGGAGCUGUUGCCCAUUCUAAUUUUGGUUUGGUUACCCUCUUGGCUACGGAUGAUGUUGCUGGUCUCCAAAUAUGCAAGCAUAAGGAUGUCAAACCUCAGAUCUGGGAACAUGUGGCACCAUUGAAAGGAGAAUUUAUUGUAAAUCUCGGUGAUAUGCUGGAGCGCUGGAGCAACUCUAUGUUUAGGUCGACAUUGCAUCGAGUUUUGGGGAAUGGUCAAGAGAGAUAUUCUGUAAGGCCCUUCGGAAGCUUUUAA